AUCUUCACACAACCAUUUCAAAUUCAAUUUAUACGCAGAAACUCAAAGCUCAAUCAAAUCAAUGGAAGCCGGUAAGACAGGAAAGGCCGCCGGAGGAAGAAAAGGUGCCGCCAACAGAAAGAAGUCGGUAACAAAGUCCGUCAAGGCCGGCCUCCAGUUUCCGGUUGGCAGAAUCGCUAGGUUUUUGAAAAAAGGCCGAUACGCUCAAAGAACCGGAUCUGGAGCACCGAUCUACCUUGCUGCUGUACUCGAAUAUCUUGCCGCUGAGGUUUUGGAAUUGGCGGGAAAUGCGGCGAGAGAUAACAAGAAGACGAGGAUAAACCCUAGGCAUGUGCAAUUAGCGGUGAGGAAUGAUGAGGAAUUGGGGAAAUUGCUUGCUGGUGUUACGAUUGCAAGUGGAGGUGUGCUGCCGAACAUUAAUCCGGUGCUUUUGCCCAAGAAAUCUUCAUCUGCUGAGGUUGAGAAGACUCCAAAAUCUACAAAGUCGCCAAAAAAGCUUAGAACUUAGUGGCUAGAUCCUUCAUGUUUGGGUUUGAAAAUAUAAUUUUGGGUUUAGAUGUGUAUGGCUGUUGGCUGCAUUUGAACAUGACUCAUAGGAUUCUGUAAUUCAAAUGUUAAGUGGUUUAUAAGAGUAAAAGUUAUGGAGUAUGAGAUUCCAACUUCCGAA